AUGGCGCAGCACACGCGCGGUCUUUCAAAGCGUGCUAGUUGCUCUCGUUACGAAUUGGAGGACAUUGUCAGAGAUCUCCAGUUCCCAUUCCCCCACAACCCUCUUAUCCUCGGAACAAUAGACAUUAUCAUGUCAAAUUCCAUCAAGAUCUUUGCGGGCAACUCUCACAUUGAGUUUGCCAACCUUGUUGCAAAGCGCCUAGGGCUAGACUUGGCUAAAUGCGUUGUUCUCAAAUACUCUAACCAAGAAACAUCCGUCACGAUCGGCGAAUCUGUUCGCGAUGAAGAUGUGUUCAUUAUUCAAUCGGGCUGUGGGGAGAUCAACGACCAUCUCAUGGAACUCCUCAUCAUGAUCAAUGCUUGCAAAACGGCUUCCGCACGUCGCAUCACAGCCGUGGUGCCAUGUUUCCCAUAUGCUCGCCAAGAUAAAAAGGACAAAUCCCGAGCGCCGAUCACUGCAAAGCUUGUUGCCAACAUGCUCACGGUCGCUGGUGCCAAUCAUGUCAUUACCAUGGACCUGCACGCAUCCCAAAUCCAAGGAUUCUUCAAUAUCCCUGUAGACAACCUGUAUGCUGAGCCAAGUACUCUCAAAUACAUCCGAGACAACAUUGAGGAUUAUAAGAAUGUCGUGAUUGUGUCGCCAGAUGCGGGAGGUGCCAAAAGAGCAACCUCCAUAGCAGAUAAGCUCGAUCUCGAGUUUGCGCUGAUCCACAAGGAGAGGAAGAAGGCUAACGAAGUGUCCCGAAUGGUCUUGGUCGGGGACGUUAAAGGACGGGAUUGCAUCUUGGUUGACGAUAUGGCGGAUACCUGUGGUACUUUGGCCAUGGCUGCCAAGGUCCUCAAGGAGAAUGGGGCGAAUAAAGUAUAUGCCAUGGUGACACAUGCUGUGCUUUCUGGUAAAGCGAUCGAGGUCAUCAACAACUCACAGCUAGAAAAAGUUGUUGUGACAAACACGAUCCCACACGAAGACAAGAAACUAUUAUGCCCGAAACUGGACACAAUCGACGUGUCAGUCACCUUUGCCGAAGCGAUACGGCGUACCCACAAUGGAGAGAGUAUCAGCUACCUCUUCAACUACGUCCCCAGUUAAUUUACAUACACACAAAAGCACCUUUGAUUUAAUUGAAAAUACGCAUACGUAUCUUUUUCGCAGAGCCCUACUCACUGCAAAACAAAAACACGCACAUACUUUUUCCAACCUAAUGGGCAUCACCACAAAUGUAAACACUCUAAAAUACGAUUUAAUAGAUUUGAAUUGCACUCGUUCAUCCUCACGGACAUGACUACAUGUAAACUGUCGAAAUAUCAAUAAUCCCUCGAUGUCA